CGUGUGAUUUGGCGCUGAGCGAGAUAGACAAGGCCCAAAGCAGGGUGAUUUUGUUACAGCUAGAGGAAGAGGGAGUAAGCGAAAUUAAAAUACAGAAGGGGCGAGAUUUAUACAUAAUUCCCACCAAGGUUCCGCAAAAUACUAGGCCCCCUUAGGUUCUACAGCCAAUAGACGAGACUUGGGGACCGAGCAGUGGCUGUAAAUUGGCCCUAUUAAAGAAUUGCGUUAGAAACGGGGAGGCCUGCACUCUGUCCGAAUAUUUUUUUUAUUUGAUCUCUUUUUGUAAAUUGCUGAAAGAAGCGCAGAUAUCUGGUGUAUGUGUUUAGAAUGGGACACGCUGAAGGUCCAGCCAGAGAAAAGGACAGUUAAGGAUGCAGGAGCACAACAAUGGAUUUCUCCUUCUCUUUCAUGCAAGGGAUCAUGGGAAAUACAAUUCAGCAACCCCCUCAGCUCAUUGACUCAGCCAACAUCCGACAGGAGGGCGCCUACGACACCGGCAGCGAUGCGGGCGAGGACGGAGCCCCCUCCUACGACGCUGCCCUGGAGGCAGAGUUUUCCUACCCACCCACUGCCUCCGAAGACAUGCCACCGGUCUCCAAUGGUUACCCCCCUGGGCUGGGCCUGUACGAGCCCCAGGCCAAGUUCUCCAUGUACCCCCAGUUCCCCAACGGCUCGGCCAAUGGCUACGGGGCCAUCCGGGGCUAUGGCGAACACUGCCUCAUGCCUGGGGAGGGAACGGUCCUGAGGGCCCCUGUCCUCCAGGAGAGAUCCCCCUCCCCUACAUCUCCUCCACCUUCACACCACCCCCAUCUCCAUCACCCUCACCACCACCUUUCUCAUCACUACCACCCUCAACUUCACCCACACAGCCCUCCACCCCUGCCCUCCCAACACCACCUCAACCCGCCACCUCACUGCAUGUCCCAUGUGCUCCCUCCUCCCCCGUUACUCCUGCCCUCCACCAGCCCUCCCCUGUCCCUGCUGGACAGCACCCCCCCCUCUCACCCUUCUCACACCCCUGCUCCCUCCAUCGGGGUCCUGAAGAAAACCAGCUCUCCAGAGAUCAAGCUAAAGAUCAUAAAGACGUACCAGAACGGGAGGGAGCUGUUUGAGUCUGCGUUGUGUGGAGAUCUGCUGCAGGAGUCCCAGGCCAGCGAGGCCUCCCAGAGCCACCGCAGACAUGAGAGGAAGAAGGAGAAGAGGAAAAAGACCGUCAGGGAGCAAGAAGAAGGGCAGGACCAGGAUCAGCUACAAGAGGACACUGUAGGGCAGGCCAGGGACAUCCAGACCCAGCUACAGCUGCAGACUCACACCCCGGCCCAGACCCAACCACAGGAGCUGCCUGUGGGGCAGACAGAGAAGCCACAGAGGACCCCCAUCAAAGCAGAGCCCGAGACACCUAAGGUCCAGAAGCAGUACCCUACAGUGAUAACCGGUACAGGCUGCUGUAAGGACCACGAGGUGGGGGACCUGGUGUGGGCCAAGGUGGGCACCUACCCCUGGUGGCCCUGCAUGGUCUCCUGUGACCCCCAGAUGAACGUCCACACACGCAUCAACACCCGGGGUCACAGGGAGUACCAUGUGCAGUUCUUUGGCAGCGUGGCGGAGCGGGCCUGGGUCCAUGAGAAGAGGGUGGUCAUGUAUCAGGGAGAGCACCAGUUUGAUGAGCUGCAGGCUGAGACACUACGCAAGACUACCAACACCGCAGAGAGACACAAGCUGAUGAAGCCCUUCCCCCAGAGAGAGCGUGCUCAGUGGGAGGUGGGCGUCGGCCAUGCGGAGGAUGCCUUCCUGAUGACUCAGCAGGAACGUAUCGACAACUACACCUUCAUCUACGUCGACCCCGAUCCCAAUGCCCCCCCCCCCAUCAAGAAGACCCCCACCAGGGCGGCCGGUCGCACCCAACGUUCUUCUAUCGCAACAAGUAAGAAAGAAGAAGUAGCAGUGACAUCACCGGACCGGGCGGAGCCGUCCAGAAGACAGCCUCGUAGGCAGUGUAGUAUUCCUAAUGCAGAUGACCCAGCCGACCCCCAGACCUCAGAGAAAGACCAGAGCCGGGACCCUGGCCCCCAGCCCCCAGCUAGGGAGGCCCUGUCUAAGGCAGGGGGAACCCAGGAGUCCCCUGCCCCUGUACGGGCCUGGAAGACAGCCGCUGCCAGGAAGUUGCUGCCUCUUUCCAUUACCAUGAAGAAACUAAAUGUGGAGAUCACCAAGUGUGACCAAGUGUGGCCUCUUCUGCAGAGGAAAGCCCUGCCCUCACCACGGCAAGAGAGGGAGAGAGAGGCGGAGAGGGAGGAGGGAGAAGGCCGACAGGCUGACCUGGGAUACUGCUCACCAGAGCAGGGCUGUGGAGUUAAACCAGAACCCAGUCCAGACGAGGAGGAGAAGAGGGAUGAGGGAGAGGAGAAAGAGGACAGGGAGGAGAGAAGUGACCAGGAAGCAGCACAGCACACCUCCUGUCCUGGAUCUCAGCACAGCACCCCGCCAGGUUCUCAAGAGCGUAAGCAGCAGCGCAGGUCAGUGAGGAGCAGAUCAGAGUCAGAGAAAGGCUGUGAACCCGUCCCCAAAAAGAAGACCAAAAAGGAACAGGGUGAGAUGGCUCCUGAGACCACUCUGAGAACAGGCUCACAGAAAGGAGCCAGUGAGAUCUCAGAUGCCUGUAAGCCUCUGAAGAAACGCAGCAGAGCCUCCACAGACGUAGAGAUGGCCUCCUCUCAGUACAGAGACACAUCCGACUCUGACUCUAGAGGCCUGAACGAUCCGCAGAGUCUGUUUGGGAAGAGUUUGGACAGUCCAGCGGCUGCAGAUGCGGAUGAGUCAGACAGCCAGUCAGUGGACUCCAGUCUUUCCAGACAAGGAAGCAGCACAGCCAAGAUAGACACUGUCUGCCAGAUCUGUGAGGUUUAUGGAGAGGGUCUGGUGUCGUGUGAAGGAGACUGCUGUCGGCUGUUCCAUCUGGAGUGCCUGGGUCUCGCCUCCGUACCUGAGGGCAAGUUUACCUGUCUGGAAUGUAGAAACGGCUCUCACUUGUGUUUCAGCUGUAAGGCAGGGGGAGGGGAGGUGUUGCGCUGCUCAGUGGUUGGCUGUGGGAGGUAUUACCAUGACGACUGCGUGCGUAAACUCCCUGGCACUGUGGGGAGUGGUACGGGCGGGGGGUUCCGCUGCCCCCAGCAUACCUGCGCCACCUGCUGUCUGGAGAGAGACCUGCACCAAGCCACCCAAGGGCGUAUGAUGCGUUGUCUGCGCUGCCCUGUUGCGUACCAUACAGGGGACAGCUGCGUGGCAGCGGGUAGCAUGGUCCUCACCCACCACAUCAUGAUCUGCAGCAGCCAUGGCAUUGCCAAGAGGAAUGGCCUCCUCUCCUCACCCGUCAAUGUGAACUGGUGUUUCCUCUGUGCCCGAGGACUGUUAGUGCAGGACCUUACUGACACCAUAUUAAGUUCAUAUGCCUAUAAGUCCCACUACCUUCUGACUGAGUCAAAUCGUGCUGAGUUGAAAUUACCUAUGAUUCCCUCUUCUUCGUCAGCUACCAAAAAGAAUAUUGGGAAAGGAGAGAAGCUGCUGUGCUGUGCGUUUUGCCCGGCGUCCUUCCACCCAGAGUGUUUGGAGAUGGCGAUGCCAGAGGGGGCGUGGUCCUGCAGGGAGUGCAGAUCAGGAAGGAAACCCCACUACAAACAGAUCGUCUGGGUCAAACUGGGAAACUACCGGUGGUGGCCAGCGGAGAUCUGUAACCCUCGCCUGGUGCCCCCCAACAUCCAGACACUCCGCCACGACAUCGGCGCCUUCCCAGUCUUCUUCUUUGGUUCCCAUGACUACUACUGGAUCAACCAGGGCCGUGUGUUUCCCUACGUGGAGAACGACAAGACCCCUGUCACGGGCCAAAUCAACAUCAACAAGACGUUCAAGAAAGCUCUGGAGGAGGCUGCUCGUAGGUUCCAGGAGCUCAAGGCACAGAGGGAGAGCAGGGAGGCCCUAGAGCAGGAACGCAACUCACGCAAACCACCGCCUUACAAGUUCAUCAAGUCCAACAAGCCGGUGGGGAAGGUGCAGGUGCACAUAGCCGACCUGUCUGAAAUCCCACGAUGCAACUGUAAGCCCACGGACGAACACCCCUGCAGCCUGGACUCCCAGUGUCUCAACCGCAUGCUGCAGUACGAGUGUCACCCACAGGUGUGUCCGACAGGUGAUAGCUGUGAGAACCAAUGCUUCUCUAAACGUCUGUACUCCGAGACAGAGGUCAUCAAAACAGAGGGUUGUGGCUGGGGCCUCAAGACCAACCAGGCCCUCAGGAAGGGAGAUUUUGUGACAGAGUACGUGGGAGAGGUGAUAGAUUCAGAAGAGUGCCAGCAGCGAAUCAAACACGCUCAUGAGAACCGUGUGACUGACUUUUACAUGCUCACCCUCACCAAGGACCGGGUGAUAGACGCGGGGCCCAAAGGGAACUCCUCUCGCUUCAUUAACCACAGUUGCAGCCCCAACUGUGAGACGCAGAAAUGGACCGUCAACGGAGAUGUACGGAUAGGGCUCUUCACCUUGUGUGACAUAGAGGCUGGCACUGAGUUGACGUUUAACUAUAACCUGGACUUGGUGGGGAAUAGAAGGUCGUCGUGUCACUGUGGAGCUGAGAACUGCUCUGGCUUCCUAGGGGUGCGGCCUACGAGUGCAGUGGUGAUGGAGAAGGAGGAGAAGGCGAGGAACGCUAAGCUGAAGCCCAAGAAGCGUAAGCUGCGACCGGAAGGGAGACGCACACAUGAGUACUUCUGUUUCUGCUGCGGAGAGGGAGGGGAGCUGGUCAUAUGUGACAAGAAGGACUGUCCUAAAGCUUAUCACCUGCUGUGUCUCAACCUCACCAAACCCCCAUAUGGUCGUUGGGAGUGCCCAUGGCAUGAUUGCAGUGUGUGUGGUGUCCCAGCCUCAUCCCUCUGUGACUUCUGCCCUCGCUCCUUCUGCCGGCAACAUGAGGGGGGAGUUCUCACCCCCUCUACCCUGGAGGGUCGCCCCUGCUGCUCCAAUCACAACCCCCUCAGCCCCCUGGGCUCCAUUGCCAACCUCCCACAUACUCACACACACCACCCUGGUACGGUCAGUAUCAAAGAAGAGCCAGAGGACCCCGAGGAGGAGCCCAGCCAGCAGGACCGAGAGUAAAGCUGUCUCAAAUCACACCCUUUUCCCUAAAAUAGUGCACUAGAAAUGGAGCACUAUGCCUAUGGGAAAUAGGGUGUGAUUAGAGAUGUGCCAUAAAGUGAAAGAGACCAGAACUGCAGCCAACAGUUACACCUGAUAUUCCCAUGGGCUGGACAGAAUGACUGACAGACCGAAGGACUGACAGGCGCAGACUUGGUGUGAGUAGUCAGUGGUUCUAUGUCAGAGAGCGGAGCAGAGUUCCUCUAUCUAAGGAUAUUGGGAGUGGAGGAGAGGGCAAGGGGAGAUGGAGAGGUGUGUGCCGCACAUCACCCCAAAUAAUCAGUGUUUGUUUCACCACUUCAGUGUGAUUCUGUAAUUUCUACAAGUAUGGAUUCUCAGUGUUAUGUCAUUGGUUACCGGCACUUUGAAGAACUCCGUGAGGGGGAUGGAGAGGGGGUUUAAACCUUUUUCCAACAUGCUGCUUUUCUCUUUGUUUACUUCCUGUGUACUGGGGUUGCAAGUGGCCCAUUGCCAGGGGCUGCUUCACAUUCCCAGAAGGCUUUGCUGUGUGUUGGUAAGCCAGCAGAGUCAGGCCCAACACUCCUACCACCCUCAUCACUCCAGACAUGAUCCAUCGAUCCCUAUCUGGCUCUCCUUUCACAACGAGAAGAAAAUAGAUUUGUGCAAUUUUCAGGAUCACACUAUAUUCCGACAUUCCUUAUACCUGUUUUUGAUACACUUGUGAAUAUAUAUAUAGUACCAGUCAAAGUUUGGAAACACCUAUUCAUCUAGUAAGUAAUAAAGUUGAAACAUAUCAAAAUAUAUUUUAUAUUUUAUUCUUCAAAGUAGCCACCCUUUGCCUUGAUGACAACUUUGCACACUCUUGGCAUUCUCUCAACCAGCUUCAUGAGGAAUGCUUUUCCAACAGUCUUGAAGUAGUUCCCACAUAUGCUGAGCACUUGUUGGCUGCUUUUCUUUCACUAUGAGGCCCAACUAACCCGAAACCAUCUCAAUUGGGUUGAGGUUGGGUGAUUGUGGAGGCCAGGUCAUCUGAUGCAGCACUCCACCACUCUCCUUAUUACACAGCCUGGAGAUGUGUUGGGUGAUUGUCCUGUUGAAAAACAAAUAGUCCCAAUAAGCGCAAACCAGAUGGGAUUGCGUAUAUCGCUGCAGAAGCACCAUCACACCACCUCCUCCAUGCUUCACGGUGGUAACCACACAUGCGGUGAUAAUCCGUCCACCUACUCUGCGUCUCACGAAGACACACCGGUUGGAACCAAAAAUCUCAAAUUUGGACCCAUUAGACCAAAGGACAGAAUUCCACCGGUCUAAUGUCCAUUGGUCAUGUUUCUUGGCCCAAGCAAACUUCUUCUUCUUAUUGAUGUCCUUUAGUAGUGAUUUCUUUGCAGCAAUUUUACCAUGAAUUCUUGAUUCACACAGUCUUCUCUGAACAGUUGAUGUUGAGAUGUGCCUGUUACUUGAACUCUGUGAAGCAUUUAUUUGGGCUGCAAUCUCUGAGGCUGGUAACUCUGGGUCUUCCUUUCCUGUGGCGGUCCUCAUGAGAGCCAGUUUCAUCGCUUGAGAGUUUUUGCGACUGCACUUGAAGAAACGUUCAAAGUUUGUCUUACAUUUUCCGUUUUGACUGACCUUCAUGUCUUAAAGUAAUGAUGGACUGUCGUUUCUCUUUGCUUAUUUGAGUUGUUCUUGACAUAAUAUGGACUUGGUCUUUCACGAGAUGGGCUAUCUUCUGUAUACUACCUCGACCUUGUCACAACACAGCUGAUUGUCUCAAACACAUUAAGAAGGGAAAAAUCCCACAAAUUAACUUUUAACUAGGCAUACCUGUUCAUUGAAAUGCAUUCCAGGUGACUGCCUCAUGAAGCUGGUUGAGAGAAUGCAAAGGAUGUGCAAAGCUGUCAUCGAGGCAAAGGGUGGCUACUUUGUUGAAUCUUAAAUAUAAAAUAUAUUUUGAUUUGUUUAACACUUUUUUGGAUACUACAUGAAUCCAUAUGUGUUGUUCGUUUGAUGUCUUCACUAUUAUUCUACAAUGUAGAAAAUAGUACAAAUAAAGAAAAAACAUUGUUUGAGUAGGUGUGUCGAAACCUUUGACUGGUACUGGUGCCUUCAGAAAGUAUUCACACCCCUUGAAUUAUUCCACAUUUUGUUGUUACUGCCUGAAUUCAACAUUGAUUUUUUUUUCUCAACUUACACACAAUAAUCCAUAAUGACAAAGGGUAAACAUGUUUUAGAAAUUUCUGCACCUUGAUUGUAAAUGAAAUUAACGUAAUUAUUCACACCCCUGAGUCAAUACAUGUUAGAAUCACCUUUGGCUGCGAUUACAGCUGUGAGUCUUUCUGUGUAAGUCUCUGAGAGCUUUGCACACCUAGAUUGUUCAGUUUUUUCCCCAUUUAUUAUUUUCAGAAUUCUUCAAGCUCUGUCAUAUUUGGUAGAUCAUUGCUAAGCAACCAUUUUCAUGUCUUCAAUAGAUUUUCAAGCAGAUUUUAAGUAAAAACUGUGACUCGGCCACUCAGGAACAUUCACUGUCUUGGUUAGGAACUGCAGUGUAGAUUUGGCCUUGUUUUUUAAGUUAUUGUCCUGCUCAAAGGUGAAUUAAUCUCCCAGUGUCUGGUGGAAAGCAGACUGAACCAGUUUUACUCUGGGAUUGUGCCUGUGCUUACCUCCAUUCCGAUAAUUUUUUAUUCUGAAAAACUCACCUGACCUUAAUGAUGACAAGCAUACCCAUUACAUGAUACAGCCACCACUAUGCUUGAAAAUAUUGAGUAGUACUCCGUAAUGUGUUGUGUUGGAUUUGCCCCAAACACAACUUUUUAUUCAGGACAAAAAUAUAUAUUGAUUUUCCACAAUUUUUGUAGUUUUACUUUAGUGCCUUAUUGUAAACAUGAUUUUUAUUCUGUACAGGCUUACUUCUUUUCACUCUGUCAAUUAUGUUAGUAUUGUGGAGUAACUACAAUGUUGUUGAUCCAUCCUCAGUUCUCUCCUAUUACAGCCAUUUAACUCUGUAACUGUUUUAAAGUCAUCCCAGAGCGGUCCGGACGCCUGUAUCUUUGUAGUGACUGGGUGUAUUGAUACAUCAUCCAAAGAGUAGUUAAUAACUUCACCAUGCUCAAAUGUUUACUUACCCAUCUACCAAUAGGUGCCCCUCUUUGAGAGGCAUUGGAAAACCGCCCUGGUCUUUGUGGUUGAAUCUGUGUUUGAAAUUCACAGCUCGACUGUUGGACCUUACAGCUUAUGUGUGGGUUACAGAGAUGAGGUUAACACUAUUAUUGCACACAGAGUGAGUCCAUGCAACUUAUCGUGACUUGUUAAGCAAAUGUUUACUCCUUAACUUAUCUAGGCUUGCCAUAAGAAAGGUUUUGAAUACUUAUUGACUCAUGGCAUUUCAGCUUUUCAUUUGAAUUAAUUAGUAAAAUGUUUGAAAACAUGAUUCCACUUUGACAUUAUGUGGUAUUGUGUGGAGGCCAGUGACAAAAAAAUCUAAAUUUUAUCCAUUUCAAAUUCAGGAUGUAACAUAACAAAAUGUGGAAAAAGUCAACGGGUGUGAAUACUUUCUGAAGGCAGUUUGUGUGUGUGUGUAUAUAUAUAUGUAUAUAUAUAUAUAUUUGAUUUUUUAUUGUAUAUAUAUUAUAUAUAAUAUAUAUGCUGAACAAAAAUAUGAACGCAACAGUUUCAAAGAUUUUUCUAAGUUACAGUUCAUAUAAGGAAUACAUUCAUUAGGCCCUAAUCCAUGGAUUUCACUGGGAAUACAGAUAUGCAUCUGUUGUUCAAUAGAUACCUUUAAAAAAUUAAGAUCGGGGCGUGGAUCAGAAAACCAGUCAGUAUCUGGUGUGACCUCAUUUGCCUCAUGCAACGCGGCAUCUUCUUCGCAUAGUUGAUCAGGUUGUUGAUUGGCUGUGCUAAGUUGCUGGAUAUUGCCGGAACUGGAACAUGCUGUCGUACACGUCGAUCCAGAGCCUCCCAAACAUGCUCAAUGGGUGACAUGUCUGAUGCGUAUGCAGACCAUUGAAGAACUGGGACAUUUUCAGCUUCCAGAAAUUGUGUACAGAUUCUUGUGACAUGAGGCCAUGCAUUAUCGUGCUGAAACAUGAGGUGAUGACAGCGGAUGAAUGACACGCCAAUGGGCCUCCAGGAUUUUGGCACCGUAUCUCUGUGCAUUCACAUUGCUAUUGAUUUAAAAUGCAAUUGUGUUUGUUGUCCUUAGUUUAUGCCUGCUCAUACCAUAACCCCACCGCCACCAUAGGGCGCUCUGUUCACAACGUUGACAUCAGCAAACCACUCUCCCACACCACGCUGUCUGCCAUCUGCCUGGUAUAGGUGAUACCGGGAUUCAUCCGUUUCGAGCACACUUCUCCAGCGUGCCAGUGGCCAUCGAAUGUGAGCAUUUGCCCACUGAAGUCGGUUACGACACCAAACUGCAGUCACGUCAAGACCCUGGUGAGGAUGACAAGCAUGCAGAUGAGCCCCCUUGAGACGGUUUUUGACAGUUUGUGCAGAAAUGUUUUGGUUGUGCAAACCCAGUUUCACCAGCUGUCCGGGUGGCUGGUCCAAGAUUAAUCCGCAGGUGAAGAAGCCAGAUGUGGAGGUCCUGGGCUGGCGUGGUUACACAUGGUUUGUGGUUAUGAGGCCGGUGGGACGUACUGCCAAAUUCUCCAAAACGAAGUUGGAGCUGGCUUAUGGUAGAGGAACAUUAAAUUAUCUGGCAACAGCUUUGUUGGACAUUUCUGCAGUCAGCAUGCCGAUUGCACGCUCCCUCAACUUGAGACAUCUGUGGCAUUGUUGUGACAACUGCACAUUUUCGUGGCCUUUUAUUGUCCCCAGCACAAGGUUUACCUGUGUAAUGAUCAUGCUGUUUAAUCAGCUUCUUGAUAUGCCACCCCUGUCAUGUGGAUGGAUUAUCUUGGCAAAGAUUACAUUUGUAUUUUUGUUCAGUGUGUGUAUGUAAUAAAUAUAUAUGUAUAUAUAUAUACACACACACACACACACACACACAUUCACUAAAUGGUCAGUUUUUUAGGUACACCAGCCCAUUCACAAAAGUGGUUCACUCCUACAGAUAGUGAGUCACAUAACCAUGGUUUUCUAUAUAAAGCAGGAAGACAGGCAUUGAGACAUUCAGUUACUGUUUGAUUAAAUGUUAAAUGAGAAAAACGAGUGACCUAAGUGACUUUGAGUGUGGUAUGAUUGUCGGUACCAGGCAAGCCCGGUGCUAGUAUCUCAGUAACGGCCGGCCUGGGCUUUUCACGCAUGAGUGUCUAGGGUUUACCGAGAAUGGUCCGACAAACAAAAAGCAUCCAGUCAGCGGUAGUUCUCCGGACGAUAAAACAGCUCGUAGAUGAGAAGUCGCAGGAGAAUGGCAAGAAUCGUGCAAGCUAACAGGGGGGCCUCAAACAGGGAAAGAAUGCAGUACAACAGUGGUGUGCAGAACGGCAUCUCGGAACACACAAGUCGUUAAUCCGGGUGGGCUAUUGUAGCAGACGACCACACUGGGUUCCACUCCUAUCAACUCAAAACAAGAAUAAGUGGCUCCAGUGGCCACGCAAUCAACAACACUGGACAAUUUGAGGAGUGGAAAAAGAUUGCCUGGUCCGAAGUGUCCCGGUUACUGUUGCAUCAUGCUGAGUCAAGAUUUUGCAUAAGCAGCAUGAGUCCAUGGCUCCAUCCAGCCUGGUGUCAACGGUACAGGCUGGCGGUGUAAUGGUGUGGGGAAUGUUUUCCUGGAACAUGUUAGGUCCUUUGAUACCAAUUGAGCAACGUUUCCAUGCCUCAAAGAAUUCAGGCUGUUCUGGAGGCAAAGGGGGUCCGAUACGCUAGAUGGGUGUACCUAAUAAACUGGGGGUCCGAUACGCUAGAUGGGUGUACCUAAUAAAUUGGCCACUGUGUGUGUGUGUGUGUGUGUGUAUACAUACUCAGUGGCCAGUUUAUAUAUAUUUGUUCAUGUUUACAAACAGAUUAUCUCACUUCAUCUCGGUGAAUGGUGUAUUGUUUGGUUAGGUGUUUAGAAUUGCACAGAUCUCCUUGUGAACAUAGUCCUUCUAAUAAGGUGAAUUAUAAGGGCAUAUAGUGUAAUGUAUGACAUCAAUCAUUACAUUUAAGUUCCAUUUGUCAGUUCCCCAGUCUCGCUCUCCAUUGUGGACAUAAUUGGUUCAUAUUGUAAACCACAAGUGUUUAAGAGGAGGAGAGGGGAGGCAUUCUCACUCUUCUAUGACUGUCCCCCUUCACUGUCUAUGGAAACAGACAGGAAUGCAUUUUUGGAGAGGAAGUUACAUUUCAUUCAAAUUGAGAGGUUGAGCAGCAUACUUUCUGGUGAUUAUAUCCUCCUAGGAUUUAGUGUUACACUUCAUUAGAUUAGUGAAGUGUUAUAUUAUAACAAAUAUGGUCAAAGUCUGUUUGUACAUGGUAAUGCAGCCAGCCUUGAGGGACUAAUUUCCCACAUACUGACCUGAGAGAGAGGUGGCUGUUCAUUGGCUCUGUGUGCAGUAAUUUAAGUGAUGCUGUGUGUACUGUACACGCAAAUGUUAUGUUUUAAAUUGUUCUGCUAAACCUUUUUAAAGCACUUUCACAGUUUAUUGCUACAUACUUUUGGUAGGUCAUAACAUACAUGUAUGUAAUACAUGACAUUGUACAUGCUUGAAAUGGAUACCUCUUUUCUGUAGUAAUGUAGGAAUUUUCAACUGUUUUGUAACUUCUGGUAUAGGUCCAACGACAUGAUCCAAAUAUCUUUGGGUCUGAAAACGUUCUCUCACACAAGUUACUCACGAUCACAUUUUCUGUUUGUUUUUUAUCAUAGUAGAACGACUAACGCCCUCAUCUUAAUUCAAGGUAUUUAGUACAUUCUGUAUUUUGACCUGGUGGGUAUUUAUUUUCAACUUUUUGUAUGUCUGUGUACAUCUCCACAAAUUGGUUUUGUAUCAACAUUAGGUUGUAGAGUACUUCGGUAUCAGAUAAGUAAAGAAAAUGUACAGUGUUUUUAAUCUCGUCCUCCUAUGACAGAUUUUUGAAAUUAUACUACACCCUUUAUACUAGUUGAUUGAUGUAUCAAAAACACCUAUUGGAAAACCGCACCCACCCAAAGUAUUAAGUAACAAGACUAUAAAACAAUAGGGAGCUUUAAAAUGGAUGAUUCUGUAUGUAGUUGUCGUUUACGUUUCAUAUAUUUUCUAUUAGUGUAAUGGUACCGCUGUUUCAUAACAGCUGCUCCUCAUAGGCCAAGCUCUCUGUAUUGUGACUCACUGUACUCCUGUUAACGCAGUUGAAAGCAAUUGAACAUUGUGAUGUGAAGUAAACGAGCACUUAAUUCAGCCUAAACUCACAUGAUCAUGUUGAACCUAGAACAGUAGUCUGCUACUCUUGUCUGAGCCCGUGCUUUCUCUUCUCUGGAACAUUACCCGUUUAUGUAUCCAUGCCUUUUAAAAACCAUAGCUCACAGAAAAAUACACGUUUGUCAAAUGUUUCCAUAGCUCUUGUCGUCUUGUGUCAAACUGUGUCCACGUUCAUGUCUCAACGAAAUAGAAUUAGAUUGUGCCAAUGUCUUACAUUCAUUUGGAAUUGAAGCCUGUUGAUUUCUCCUAAUGCAUAUAGCAGGGUAAACACAAUUGAAUGGAAUAUAGACUCGGUUGCUCUCAAACCUGCCAAAUGAUAGUAUUUUCUUUCGAUAGGUGUUAGAUUUAGAUCAUUUCAGUACUAGGCUGUGGUCCACACAGCACACGAUCAGAUAGGUGCAUCAAGGCACUGUCAUAUUUUUAACAACCUUUUAAAACUUGAAUUAUAUUUUGUUCUUUCAUUUCAUUAUUUUUGUAUUGUUUGGUACUACAGAUCAAUAUGUUCACAAACAUGAGUAUUUUAUUGAUAACUGAUUUGACAUGGUAGAUAUCUAUGAUGGAUAUUAGGCCUAUUCAUGCUGAGCCACAUCUCAGGUCAUCUGGCUGUCUUGUCAUGGUUUGUAACGAGUACCUAGUUUUUAAGCCUUCUCUAACCUUCAAUUAGUGACCAUUGUAAACUGGACCAUUGUAUGCUUACCCCAACACAAAAGCAAUUUGUGCAGAACUAUAUCAUUUUCACCCAAGACUGGAUGCACCCCUUCCAUUCUGAAAGGAAGGCAAAUCAGAAUCUGUUUUUCCAGUUGGGGACAUAUUUUGUAUCCGUUUGUAAUGCUCAUUUGUUGUUCUGUUAAAAAACAAAAACACGUGGAUUCUCUUAGGUCAUUGUAUUCUGAUUUGAUCCUCUAUUGGUAUUGCACAAAGAUUAUCCAGGCCAACCCAUUAGCCUUCUUUUUUUUGCACCUGUUUUGAAACUUACUCACUUUAUGCUAGUUGGACUUGAACACAACAUUCAGCCUGUACAAUGACCAUAUAGUUGUCAUUCUGUUUGCCACAGACAUUAUAGAUUUUAACCAUGUUUUUAAAUGAUCCUCGCUGAAGAGGAUGUCAAACAGUAGGGUUACAAAGACUGAGUUAUCAAAGUAUUUUCUUCCAACACAGACUUUGGAAGGGGCCCUUUCUGAAUCAUAUGUUUCUGUUCCACACCUUCGUUAUUUUUUAUUUUGUGCAAUACUAUUUGUUAAAUCUGUCAUUACAGGUGAUUGACAUGCUCUCCCAGACAUUAGGAAAAAGUGUUUUCAGAGCAACUAAUUUCUCCAGUCAUAUAGUGAAACUGCUUUGGGGAUUACGCCGGGGUCGUAUCUAUCAAUGUUGCUUCAAUUAAAAAGUGGAUGAACACAGAGUUACCAUAUUGUUUUACUGUUCAGCAGUCAUUAUUGCAUAAUGUUAAGACUUGUACAUAAAUUGCAUUGAACUUGCAUAGGAUAAUGUUACUGUGGCGUGCUAUUGCCUGUAAAAUUCUGCUUCUAAAUGUGUGUGUGACUGUGAGGAUGCCGCUCUUUUGUACAUGACUGUCUUUUUAUUUUUUUCAUUCUAAAGGAGGUUGAGUUGGAGCUGAGGAGUUCAGACAUGCCUGAAGUUUGACUUAAAUAAAGCUGUACUGUGUCUCA